AUUCGGCGCUGAAAAGGAAGAAGCCUAGUUUUGUAGUGCUCCAUCCGAACCAGUACCAGCUGGGGAACAGCAGUGUUCACUGAAACAACGUCUGCCUGGUUAGGUUGCUUCCGAGCACCGUGACCGAUAAAGAGCUGGAACAUGGCGGAUAAAGAGGUGUAUGACGAUGCAGUGGAAGAGAGGGUCAUCAAUGAGGAGUACAAGAUAUGGAAGAAAAACACACCUUUCCUGUACGACCUGGUGAUGACUCAUGCUCUGGAGUGGCCCAGCCUUACUGUCCAGUGGCUCCCAGAUGUCAGCAGGCCAGAGGGGAAGGACUACGCCGUUCACAGGCUGGUUUUGGGGACCCACACAUCAGAUGAGCAGAACCACCUUGUGAUUGCCAGCGUCCAGGUACCAAACGACGAUGCCCAGUUUGAUGCUUCACACUACGACAGCGAAAAAGGAGCAGAGUUUGGUGGCUUUGGCUCCGUAAGUGGAAAAAUUGAGAUCGAGAUCAAGAUCAACCACGAGGGAGAGGUCAACCGAGCCCGCUACAUGCCUCAGAAUCACUGCAUCAUUGCCACCAAGACUCCCACCUCUGACGUGCUGGUCUUCGACUACAACAAGCACCCGACUAAGCCAGAUCCCAGUGGGGAGUGUAAUCCUGACUUAAGGCUGAAAGGCCACCAGAAAGAAGGGUACGGCCUCUCCUGGAACCCAAACCUCAGCGGCAACCUGCUCAGUGCCUCCGAUGACCAUACCAUCUGUCUAUGGGACAUCGGGGCCGGCCCAAAGGAAGGAAAGAUUGUGGAUGCCAAGACCAUCUUCACCGGCCACACAGCAGUGGUGGAAGAUGUUUCUUGGCAUUUGCUCCACGAAUCCCUGUUUGGCUCUGUGGCUGAUGACCAGAAGCUCAUGAUAUGGGACACCCGGUCCAACACCACAUCCAAAGCCAGCCACUCAGUCGACGCUCACACUGCUGAGGUCAACUGUCUGAGCUUCAACCCCUACAGCGAGUUUAUUCUUGCCACUGGUUCUGCUGAUAAGACUGUUGCUCUGUGGGACCUGAGGAACCUCAAACUGAAGCUUCACUCCUUUGAGUCGCACAAAGAUGAAAUUUUCCAGGUACAAUGGUCUCCUCACAAUGAGACGAUCCUGGCCUCCAGCGGCACCGACCGACGUCUCAACGUUUGGGACCUCAGUAAAAUUGGGGAGGAGCAGUCAGCAGAAGAUGCUGAGGACGGCCCACCAGAGCUGCUGUUCAUCCACGGUGGCCACACAGCCAAGAUCUCUGACUUCUCCUGGAACCCCAAUGAACCCUGGGUCAUCUGCUCAGUGUCCGAGGACAACAUCAUGCAAGUCUGGCAGAUGGCGGAAAACAUCUACAAUGAUGAGGAGCCAGACAACACCCCUGCAUCAGAGCUGGAGGCUCAGGGAUCCUAACCCAGCUCUGCAUGAGUCUCUCUCCAGGCACGACCCCCUCCCUCUCCCCCACCACCCUCCAUCCCCCGAGCUCCAGACCCAGACCCAGCCUGUCGUCUCCCUCUCCGGCUUAUCAAGUGCAAAAUGAAGUCUGCUCUCCACAUGAGCGAACAGUGUGGAAAGUUAGAGACAGCAUGGGCUCCACCCUUCCUAACAGGCAGUUGGAUUCAGGCUCAUCUCGCUCACACUUCACCGAGGCCCAGGUACCCAAAAGCACUUGGAGUAGGAUUAAGGGUUGAAAUGUUGUACCUGGGCUUUGGAGACUCUAAAGAGCAGAAACCUUUUAUGUGGACGAAGUCACUCGAAGUCAUUAAUACCAGUUAAUCAGUGACUCUCAAAGGGUUCAGGCAAGGGAAAUAAAAAGUGUCAUUUUAUAUUCAGACUUAUGAGUAGCCAGAAAACCACUAGCUAGUGACGUUCCCUCAAGACACAUAUGUGACGGAGGACUACUCCUCCAUGACAUGCUUCUAUCCAAACCAAAGACUGUGUAUAAAGAUGGACGACACAUCUCUAUGUACUCCUACUUUACAAAAAUGAAGCCAAAAUAUCCCUUAAACGGGCCCUGCCGUCUCAUGCUGGAGGCGUCAAAGCGAUCUCCACAGCAUCAGGUUCUCACCUACACACCUGUCUGACCAAUCGGGAGCAGCACCAUUGAUAGUGAGCACACUGAUUGGCUCACACAGCUGUCAAUCAUGAUGUCAUACCACCUUUUAUAGCAUUAAAUAACUAAUUAAAACCACUCUUAUUAGGGAAAAAAACACUUAAACAAAUAUCAGCGUGAUUAGAGCUACAUAAAAUAAAAGACACUAUCUUUAUUUGAUCUUUUAGUUUGGCCCAUGUCCCGUUAGCUAACAUGGAGGGAGCAGGGAGGAGGUUUUGGCUUCAUUUUGGGGAGCUCUCAUGUCGUCCAUCUUUAUAUAGAGUCUAUAAUCCAGACUAUGAUUGGCUUAAGUUAACCAGGUUGGUUAUGUCCAGGAGAACUUAAUUUUAACUUACUUUACUUUAUAUCGUACUGAGCUGACACGUCCCGGCUGUCCUUUGAACGAACAUUCCCUGCUGUGUUUGCCUCCUGUUCAUAAGGUACAUUAACUGUUGAGUAUUUGGUUGAGUAAAAGGUGCACUAGAGGGAAACGCACAUAUUUCUCUUUCCUCUCCUCGUUCUGUUGUUAAAUAAUGUGAAAUUGCCAUGUUUUGUUUCCCGCACCUCAAAUUGCAAUAAAACUUUUAUAACUUUUCAAAGA